AUGGCUCAAAUAGCAAUUUCUGAAUAUGAACGCAAUCAUCUGUCGACUCUCUCGAGACUUUCUGACGAUGAUAUCGAUCAUAUUUGGUCGCUUGUGUCCUGUUUUAUUGAGAAACAGAUGCUCAUGCGAAAGGGGGUUUAUAUCUUCGGUUUAGGGACUUUCACGUUCUGCCAGGAGAAACUGAACCUCGGGAACAAACAUAUUCUCAUACAGAGACCCAUUUUCAUCCUGUCAGAGAAACUCUCUCAGUAUUAUGGAUUUAAACAGAUCAAACAACAGGUUACAGAUGCGCCGGUGGUGCCGCUCAACUUCUCAGCUCUGAGCGUGGAGAGCCCUCAUAAGCGAGACGUUCUGGAGGGAUGCGUGCGUGAAACUGUUCAACUGCUGGUCCGUGCCGCAUCAACACGACAGUCUGUCUUUCAUACUUUUCCUGGUAUCGGAGUUCUUACAUUCCGGGAAAGCCGAGUAAAUGUGCUGUUCUACCGUGAUUUUAUCUCAACCUUAGAGAGCACUGGGAAACUUCCAUCCGCUUUAACCAACAGACCGGAAACAAGUAAUUCUAGUGUAUCAGAGAGACUCUUCAAUAAGCUGCCACGACCUGCAACCAUUAGUGGCAUCAGACUUCCCAGAAUAUCUGCAGGAGAACCACUGAGAAAAGAGCCAUGGACUGAGCUUUCAGGUUCCCAUCAGACUGAUGAUGAUGAUGAUGGACUGGAGAAUCAGCAGCAAGCAGACAGAGUGACUGUGAUUGACCUCACAGAUGGGUUGGAGGACAAACGUUUGUCAAACACUGACAGAGAUGUCGAGGUCUCAUUGCCACUAGGUGGCGCAAUCAACAUCACAACAGUAAAGAGAAGUGCCACAGAUGUGAAUAUGAUGUUUUGUGACCACAGACGUGCCGGACAGGAGUUGUGUUAUGUCUGCAUGCAGAGAGCACAGAGAAAUGUUCCUUUAUACCAGUCUGAUGAGAGGAGAAAAGCAGAGCAGGAACAAGAACGAGUUUUAAUGCUUUAUGAACAUCAGAAAGAUCAACAGUAUUUCCAGAAAGUUGAGAUGGACAAACAAAAGAAGUGGGAAGACAGCCAGAAGGUAGCAGCGUUUAAUCUGGCUGUUGCAGAAGCUCAGAGAAACAAAAAGGCUGCCGCAACUAGCCAAUCACACGGCUCAAACAUGUUUGCGGGUCGACCCUGUACUCCAGACCGUCUGUCGCAGCAGAGACACUGCUUGCAGGAGCUGAUGCAAGAGGCUGCCAGACGCAGACAGAUGCAGUCGCAGAUGCAACAGGAACAACAGCGACUAAACAAAUUGCAUCUGCUGCAUCUUACUGAAGAGAUUGCAUUAAAACAGUCCCAGCAGCUUCAUGAGAAACACGAGAUGGCCAAGAAGUACCGAAAGGCACUUGAAACACAAAUGGAAUGUCGCUGGUCAGAUAUCUCUCAGUGUUUUGACACGCAGCCUGUGUUUGGGCUGAUGGACUCCAAUCCAGCAACUUUAGCAGAGCAGAGACAGAGAGCACAGAAUAUCGCUCAAGAACUUAUCAAUACAGCCAACAGCAGGAGGAGGGAAAUGCUGAAAAAACGCUUGAAUGAGCAGAAGAGUGGAAGAGAAAUACUGCAAAGAGACCACAAAGAAAUGUUAAAAGAGCGAAUCCAUCAUGAUGAGAAGCUGCGAUUCCUGCGGGCCACAUGUGAAGAGAACUGGCAGCGCAGCGCUGACCUCAAACACCUACGAGACCAGGAGGAACUGAACGUCAGGAGGUUUGGUGGUCAAACUCUGACAGACCAACUUGGAAAAUAUGAGCGAUGCAGCCAAUGCAAAUGCAACACUGCCAACUGUGGUAAGACCAACAUCUUCAGAGACAUGAAUUAUGUUGCUGGAUCUCGAUUAAUGCUGUAAAUCUUGGAUUUCAACCAAGAUAAUAAAAGAUAAUAAA